AUCAAAGGAACCGAAGAAUCCACGCUGGCAAAGGAUUCAUCUGUUCAUUUGAUGUACCGUGAUGCAAGUGAUUUAAGAUCACAGAUCCUGAUCUGGAUCAUCCAAAAGGAACGCACCCAAAGAAUCUUACCUGUAUAGCAUAA